AUGCUUUACAAUAAGCUGCCACUAGAUCAUCCCGAUACCGUGAUUGCAAAUAAUAAUUCGCGAGGUUGGAGCGCUGGAGGUCUCAGACUGAGUGUAUUGGAACCCUAUAGAAAAUGGAGGGUCACUUUCAAUGGUCUUUUAAGAAGUGGACAAGCGAAGUUUUGGGGAGACGAGAGUUCGGAAGUAGUGCAUGUCCGUUUCAACUUCAUAUGGACAGCCGCGUCUACGCCAAUGUCGUGGCCGCACGACUGGAGUCCUCAGCUAUUUGCUGAUGCCAUUGCUAGGGAACCCUGGAAAGAUGGAAACUGGUUGAACAUGAUAUCCAGACAUCCAACUGGAGGAUAUGACCAGUUCGGAUGCUUAAGUGGAACUUUCGAGGCCAGUGAUUCUUACUCGGUAGACAUUUCGUUGCCUGGUGUAAGAGCUAGAAGAUGGGGACCUCACAAAGCAUCUUACAUGCAUCGAACUGCUUCUUUUGUUGGAGUUUUUGGAGAUGGAAGGAUAUUCCUGGUCGAAGCCAAUUCCGCGUUGCAUGCACUUACACAUUACGUAUACGGAAUUGUCAGAAUGCCCAAUGGUGAAGUUCAUCCAGUAGACUAUUGUGAUUUGAGUCUACUUCAUAUUGCUGAAGACAGAACUAAUAUACCUAAAAAGUAUACUUUAAAUUUUCGUGUUGAUGGAAUUUAUUUCAAUAACUCACUUGAGUUGCAAGUUGGGGAUCAAGCUCGCGUUUUUGGUGGCCGCCCUUGGGAAUGGGAAGCGUCAUUAGUCCCCUUGAAUUGCCAACAAGGGGGAUCUUCUGGUGUUGGAAUUGCACAGUUAUGGUAUCAAUAUCAAGGAGAGUGUCCAGUUCCCAAUACACCUCGUGUACGACAUCUGGUGCCAACGACCAUAAUUCCAGCAUUACCACCUCUUAUAUUAGAUCUCAAAGAACAUGCGGCUCGCUGCGUUUCACUGGUUGGUGGUAAAGCAGCAUCGUUGGCUCUUUUAGGAAGCGUACAAACUAACGAUUAUAAUGUGCCUGAAGGAAUUUGUUUAACAGUUAAUGCCUUAAAUAUUCAAUUAGAACAUUACGAUCACUUAAGUAAAGCUGUAGAACGAAUACAAAAUGUCAGUUGUGGAAUAGUUGCUGGUGAUCUGGAAGAUGUUUGCAAAAAGGCUGUAAUUGCGCUACAAACCGCCCAGAUUGUAGAUUCUAUACAAGAACAGUUACACAAAUCUCUUGUGGAAUUGCGGAAACGUUCGCCAACAAACGCUCGUUUUGCUGUUCGUUCUUCAGCCAUUUGUGAAGAUUCUGAUGAAUUAUCUGCUGCAGGACAAUGCGAAUCUACUUUAGGAUGCUUGACGGAUUUAGAUAUUGCAGAUGCAGUCAAGCAAUGUUGGGCAUCCUUAUUUGCCUAUAGAAGCGUGCAUUACCGAAGACAUUAUGGUCAGGUGAUAAACUGUGGAAUGGGCGUCGUAAUUCAAGUUAUGGUUCCUGCUGAAAAAGCUGGUAUUAUGUUUACCAGACAUCCAGUUAGUGGUGAUCCAAGUCAAAUAUACAUUACUGCCAAUUAUGGCCUUGGCGUGAGUGUGUCGUCUGGAGAUGUAGAACCUGAUACCAUAAUCAUUCGUCGCGAUUGGCAUGAUCGCGUCGAAUUUGGUUCCGCAAUGCGCGGUGAUAAGUCACACGUAGUUAUCAUGAAGGAAAAUCAAUCAGAAAAUAACGAAGAAUGUAAUAAAUCAAACGGCAUAGAAACACGACCACUAACCGAAGAAGAAUCUCGGAGACAAGCGUGUUUAAGUCAAGAUGAGGCCUUGCAAUUAGCAGAAUUGGGUGUUGUACUUGAAUCACUUUAUGGAGCUCCACGAGAUGUCGAGUGGGCUAUAUGUGAUAAGGGUGUAAUACAUUUGCUGCAAGCUCGUCCCAUUACGGCUACAGCACGAUUUUCUGACCGCGAGCUUUUGCAUGAACUAGAUACUCCUACAAUGACAUCUGAAGAAGUGACAUCAUUUGGCGGUGCCGCCGAGACUUUCCCGGGGGUUGCAACGCCAUUAACUCUAAGUGCUAUUUUGCCGCGCCUCGAUAGACCAUUAGUCGUACUACGGCUAGGAAAACCUGCCGCUCGAGCCUUACAUGCGAUGGUAGUUUCGCAUCAUCGAGUAUCUUCUAGUCCAGUUACGCAUCUUAUGACAAAUUCACAAGAUCCUGGCGGUAUAAGUGAUCUUAAAAGAGAUCCGAUGCAUCUUGCGGUUUGCGGAGCACGUAGCACUAACCGAAACCACAGAAAUAGUAAACAAUCUAUUCAAAAUGAUAAUAUAGAUCGCUUGCGCCUACUUCUCGACGUUGUUAAGUCAACGUGGAAUGUGAAGAAGCACGUGCAAGAUCUACAAGCUUUUCUAGAUGAAUUCGAAUUAGAUCAAGAUCGUUGCGAAACAGCCCUGGAAUUGUAUCAGAGAAUUACUGACGAUUUACCCCAUUUGGGUUAUGUCGCAAUGCUACACUAUAGAUGUUCCGCUGUUAGUGUUAUUAGUCACGUUAUUGCUAUGCUGAUAUUGACAGAAAAAAAUAAAGAUUGA